UCAAGAUGGAGUCGUUACGGUUCUAUUUGGUGUUAAAAAAAUAUGGCUAAUUAUAUCAGUGUUUCUAACGUUCGGAGUUUGAAGUGUACAUCCUUUAGUCGUCAAUCUGUAUGGGCUUGUUUUAGAAGUUUUUGAUGAAAGUAGGUGUUAUUUGCUAAAAGGCUGUCAAAAACCUAAACAUCUAAUUAGCUAGCUAGCAGUCAAAGGGGUUGGAAUGUUCAUAGAAAUUCUAUUAAUUUCAAAAUCGAUAUGGCGCUAAGAGAAUUAAAAGUUUGCCUUCUUGGGGACACUGGAGUUGGAAAGUCUAGCAUUGUUUGGAGGUUUGUGGAGGAUAGCUUUGACCCCAACAUUAAUCCAACUAUUGGGGCAUCCUUCAUGACCAAGACAGUGCAGUAUCAAAAUGAGCUGCACAAGUUCCUUAUCUGGGACACUGCAGGGCAAGAGAGGUUUCGUGCAUUGGCGCCAAUGUACUACAGAGGCUCUGCGGCCGCCAUCAUUGUUUAUGACAUCACUAAAGAGGACUCAUUCCAGACUUUGAAGAACUGGGUGAAGGAGCUUCGUCAGCACGGCCCUCCCAACAUUGUGGUGGCCAUCGCUGGCAACAAGUGUGAUCUCUCUGAUGCCAGGGAAGUCUCGGAGAAGGACGCCAAGGAUUAUGCUGAUUCCAUCCAUGCCAUUUUUGUGGAGACGAGUGCCAAGAACGCCAUUAAUAUCAAUGAGGUCUUUAUAGAGAUAAGUCAACGGAUCCCUGUCCUAGAUACAGGCGGCGGGGCUGCAACAAAGGGCUUCAAAUUGCGCCGCCAGCCCUCAGAGACCCGGACCUGCUGCUGAACCCUGACCCUUGACCUUUCUGCGCUCAUUGGCCCUUUCACCACAGACCUGCACCAAGGGCCUGGGUGAAACACACACACACACACACACACACACACACACAGACCCACACAACUUGGAAUCUGCUAACUUCUACCGCCAUCGCCUCGUCCAUCUGCACUCUAAAAGGCCAGCACAUCGCCAUUCGCUGAGAUAUUGCCCAGAAUUUUGACCCCGUCCCCACGCUCUGCGCAGCUAGCACCAGCUUGGUUAUUGUGAAGCUGCCUUGUUGUAUUCCAUCAUUCGGUCUCCUUACACAAACAACCAAAAGGUUUGUCCACGGGCUCUCGUAUUGGGCCUCUCCAAAAGUGGCUCUACGACAGACUUGCUCCCCUCAGCGGCCGUGUUCCUUUCGCCUGACAAAUGACUCUCCGUUCCCGCGCAGUGAAUUCAUUUCGGCCCGAGCUCUGUGUGUCCUGGUCCAAAGGAGUGCACUGUAUUGUCCAGUAGGAAGCCCUUGGGGAUGUUUUGCCUUAGUCACUUGGUCUGAAGACAAAGCAUUUUGCGACGGCUCUUCUGAGUAGUAGGAGCUCCCCUCCCUGCUCUCUGGUAAGAAGACGCUGCUUCUCUUCAGGUCCUGUAAUCCCCCACCUGGAUCCCCCCACCUGGAUCCCCCCACCUGGAUCCCCCCACGUGGAUCCCCCCACACAUUGUCUGUCCAUAAUGUGCGCUCAUCUGCAGGCUCUAUUUCCUGUGUAGCGUGUGUUUUCUGAGAGGAGACUUUAUGAAUAGUCUUUUUGAAGAGUUAUAAUACUUAAAAUUGUAACAUUUGUCUGUUCUUAAUAAUAUUGGCCCAUAUGUGCACUUUCUCCACCUCUCUAAAUUUAGGGACAUUUAAUAAUUCACUACAGUUAAUAGACCAUUUAGCCAUAUUAACAUACCAUCUGUUUAGUUUUUGAGUUUUUUACAUGUCUGUCAUUUUCCCUAAACUGUUUGAAAAUUGCCCUGCUUCAUUUCAAUAAUAUCAACUGUAAUAUGAUUCCAAUUGAAGUGCAUGAUGGGAAGUGCGGUUGUGUUGUAAAGGCCCUCACCCCUGAUGCAGGUAUUUAAAAAAAAAAACAUUAAUCAAUAACACAAAUGAAAAUCCCCAAUUUCGGCCCUUUGGCAUUAUCGCCCUGUUAAUGGCUGUGAGGUCCCCGAACAACCGGACGUUCCCAUUUUCCACAUGUCCACUUCAAUAGUAUAGAAAAUUAGCAACUUUUUGGGGUGGUAAAUCAGUUCCCCCAGAGUGUUCCCCCAGUAGUCACUGUCAAGGCUGGCAGUGUUUACGAAAUGUUUCCGAAAUGGCCUUUUAACUGUUUGUGUUGUUUGGCAAAACCAAACGUCUUCAACCCCCUCAACCUUUUUUUUUACAGAUAUUUUUAUGACCAUUUUACAGGAGAGUGAUUUUGUGAGGUCCUGCCAAUUCUUUAAUUGUCCCAUAAAAAUCUUUUUGUCCUUCUUUUCUCAUUCUUUCACAGAGUAAGCAUUGGCUUGCACACCCAACGUAGUUUUACUACCUGGCCUGAGAUAAAAAGGGAUUAUGUGGAAACUUGACCUGUUCUAGGAUGUACUAACCUACACAUGUUGUGCUUAGAUCUUCCUGGAGGAAAAGGUUACACAUACAGAGUCGAGCGUGACAUUAUGUUGACAUGCUGACCCGCUAAUGAACCGUGAUCUCCUUUCCCGCUACGAACGAUGGGCUUCACCUCGAGGGACCCGUCUCAUUCGUUCCCCUCGCCCCUUCUUUCCGGCGCCAGCUGCCUCUCCUUUUCCAACACUUUGUGACGCAAGCAAUUAAGUCGAGGUUGAAGUGGAAGUUGAACGCGGUGGAAUUGACAUUGACCAAAAGCACAAAGCGAAGUGCUGAAUAGAACACUUCAAGCGACAUGUUCGCUCUGCUGUCUUGUAUUGCUUAUCUUUGUAGCAUGUUGAGUCUCAUGUUAGUUCAUGACCCAUCUCUGUUUCCAUUUGACUGGCAGUAUGGGGACAACACCUACUACAGAGAUGUCAAUGUAAUUAUUCCCCUUUAACUUUUAUUUCCUCUUAGUGGCUUUCCCUCUUGCCAAAAAGCUCCCAUGGGGACUCGUUUUAACACCAGCCAUGGACGGGCCCCCUUGCCUCCCAAGUGUCGGUCAUUCUCCUGAUGUUUGCAACUGUUCAUUCCCUUCAUGGAGUUACAAGGAAAUGACAGCUCUAAAAAAAAUUUUUUAGGAAACUACAUGUAUGGAGUGUAGACCAGUGAUUUUAAAUGAGUGGGGAGGAGUCAACAUGUGAAGGGACAGGAUGGAUAAUUAGGAUGCAUGGUGGUUCUCUUAUAUGUUGUGUAAAACAUACUUUCCGAGAUUUUUGGCCACUGGUUAUAAAAGUGGAGUUGUCAGGGCAAAACGGCUCCCAUGAUUACCCAUCAAACCACUUGCUUUCAAACUUAAUUUGAUGGAUAACUGAGGUAUGAAAAUUGGUUCUUUGCAAAAGUCUUGGAAGGCAUCAUUCAGACUUGUUUCCUUUAGCUUUUUGCCACAUGUUUAUUUUUUACCAAGAUGCAUUUUAAUAAUCCUUGAAAAUAGUUGUGUAGCUUAUUAGAGUUGUUGCUGUAUAUUAUUCAGGAUUUUUUACAAAAAUGUCAGUGCAAUAAUUGUCUUUAUGGCAAAGGAUACUUAAAUGUGACAAACAAGAAUUCCUAUGGAUUAAGGCAAUCUAUAACAUGGGUAUACGAUACUUUUUGGUCAAUUCUUAUAAAAGUUUUUUUUUAAAUACGUUAUGGUUUUCUUGCAUUUAAGGGUACCUCACUGAUUUCCACUUGAAAUUAUUUCUUAGUUAGGCAGGACAGUGCAUUCGAUAUUUUUUUUUUUACUCUGGUACUUCUACAACUGCACUUUCAGAUUAAAUAUUUGUAUUUGUACACCGAACCAUAUCGUGUUUUUGCAGCCGUUUGUAAUUGCCAUUUUUCUGCAUCAAACAUACCUGAAAAGACCUGAUACGUGUUGCGCUGUUUGCCUGAGGGAAUUUACUAGAUUCAUAGCCUUUGAUUCAUUGUGUGAUUGAUAGCUUCAUUAUUGUACAUUGUGGCUUAUUUUGCACUCUUAUAGAAGAUUGAGUUGCUUCUCUGUGUCAUUUGUGAUUUUUAUUAACACAUCAAUAACCCUGUCAUAAUGCUUGACAGUCUUGAACGUAAAACAGUGUAAUGUCAGUGUUGUGUAAAAACAUGAAGUUACGCAGUUGUUACAUGAGUAGGGAUUACAUGGUUUGAGAUAUCAUGUGAAGACCGCCAGUCAGGCAUGAGUUAUGUUUUGGAAAAGUGCGGACAGUCUUGGGCUGGUCCUGAGAAUGUGUUGCUGCCAUGAUCUAUGUUAAUUGUCUAUUGUUCCAAUUCACUAAACAUGAACACAAAUCAAUGACUAUUUAACCUGCAAGAUUGAGCAUAAUGUAUUGUGCGUGCAUUGUCUUGUCUGCGAUGCCAGGCAUGGACCUAAACAUGUACAAUAAUAUCACCAGUACCUUGUCAUAUUUAGCUUUUAUACUGGUCAUGAUGAUUGUAAAAAAAAAAUUAAAAAAAGCCUAAUGUUUUGUUUAAAAUGUCAAAAGGGAACUGUCAAGCUGUUUACUACUAAUAAAAAUAUAAAACAUG